UGGUCGGACUCUGCCUGAUGUGUGAUUGCAGUGUUACUAAUAGAUUGUUUUUGCCGGAUCAAUAACAGUUAUCAGAACGAGAUGAAGUUCCCCUGCAGUGGAUCAUUUGCGCCUCUUGUGCUUCUCCUCGUCCUACCAGUUUGCCGGGCUGCUCAUGGGCGCUUCGCUCAGAAGCUGAUGAAAGACUUAUUUACCAACUACACCAAUGCUCUGCGGCCGGUGGAGGACACCGACUACAUCAUCAAUGUCACAUUACAGGUCACUCUCUCCCAGAUCAUUGACAUGGAUGAGCGGAACCAGAUCCUGACCACCUACCUGUGGGUCCGCCAGGUAUGGAUGGAUGCCUUUCUCACAUGGAAGAAGGAGGACUAUGAUGGCCUUGACACCAUCCGCAUACCCAGCAGCUACGUUUGGAGACCCGAUAUUGUUCUGUAUAACAGUGCAGAUGAUGAGUUCUCCAGCUCCAUGGAGACCAAUGUUGUUCUCCGUAACGAUGGCCAAGUCAUGUGGGACCAGCCAGCCAUCACCAAAAGCUCCUGCUCUGUUGAUGUGGCCUUCUUCCCUUUCGAUGUGCAGCAGUGUGACCUAACCUUUGGCUCCUGGACUCACAACGGAAACCAGAUGGAUUUGUUCAACGCCCUGGACAGCGCCGACUUGGCCGACUUUGUCCCCAAUGUGGAGUGGGAGGUUCUGGGAAUGCCAGCCAAGAAAAAUGUCAUCUUGUAUGGCUGCUGCUCAGAGCCAUACCCAGACAUUACUUUUUCCCUCCACCUGAAGAGGCGGGCCUCCUUCUACAUCUUCAACCUCCUCAUUCCUUGCAUGAUGAUCUCCUUUCUGGCUCCGCUGGGCUUUUACCUGCCAGCAGAUUCAGGUGAAAAGGUUUCUCUGGGUGUCACAGUGCUGCUGGCCCUCACCGUGUUUCAGCUGCUCGUAGCUGAGAGCAUGCCACCCUCUGAGAGCGUCCCGCUGAUAGGAAAGUACUACAUUGCCACCAUGACCAUGGUCACUGCAUCAACAGCGCUCACUAUCUUCAUCAUGAACAUCCACCACUGUGGCGGGGAGGCUCGUCCCGUGCCUGAAUGGGCCGAGCGCUUCAUCCUCAAGUACCUCGCCCGCAUCUGCUUCGUGUACGAGGUGGGUGAGAACUGCCUCGGUGGCGCCAGGAAAGAACCUUUAUCACAGGAGGGGUCUGACAGCCCAUCAGCCAAUGGAGGCAGCACCAAAGGAGCAAAUUGGGAUGUCAAUGGGAAGGCGUGGGGAGGAAAGGUGGAGGUGGAGCCUCUGAAGGUGGAGCAGGAAGUAACCAACCAGACAGACUGGAAAGAGGAUCUGUUUGUGACCAUUGACCACUCACAGGAGAAAGGAGCUGCUGGAGUGCGAGGGGAGAAAUCAAACUGUGGUGAGCACGAAGAGGAAAAGAAAGGCGUAGGUGUUGAGGGAGUAGGUGGAGCUGGGGGGAACAGGAGGGAGAUCUUGGUGAGGUGUUUAUGCCAACACCAGGGACUGGGCAAGAAUGUUGAGUACAUUGCCAACUCCUACCAGGACCAGCGAGCAGCACAGCUGCGCAUCGGCGAGUGGAGGAAGGUCGCCAAGGUCAUGGAUCGCUUCUUCAUGUGGCUCUUCUUCAUCAUGGUCUUCUUCAUGAGCAUCCUCAUCCUGGGAAAGGCCGUCUGAUGGAGCUCAGCCUAAGAAUUCACGAGAUGAUAAAAUUAUUUGUUUAACGGUUAAAUCUUUUUUUCUUCCUUUGUUCUGACACAUGUAAACAGCUAAAAAAUAACUGAAUGAUGGUUUUAAGGGUCAGUUUACUCUUUUAUGAGCUGGUAGCUUUCCUCAAAAACAUUUCCACCAGAAUUUAAAAUGCUUAUCUUUGGAUUUGAAAGAGACUCUGAAGGCUGAUGAAAGUAAAAUGAUUGGGAAAAAAAUAGUUUCUAAUUAUUUACAAAGAUCCUACCAAAUGCUGGCGAAGCUAAGCACGUCUCUGUUGGACACAGCAUGAAGGGAGAAUAAAGGGUGGGUUGCAAAGUGGUUUGCAUAAUGCAGCAACUGUGGACAGCCUAAAUGAAAUUUACCAGUUAGAUGGGUGUCUGCAGAGCCGUUAGUUGAGAAGGAUGAAUGAAAUGAAAUAAGUAGAGCUGUAAGUGUUAAUGUCAGCGUUAAAAUGACGUCAACGCCAUAACCGCAUUAACGUGGCAAGUCUCCGUUAGCAUAUUAUCACGGAUCACCCCGAGCGUUGGCCUUGAUGGCGCUAACGCAUUAACGAGCUAACUGCGCUAACGUGUUGACGCGGUCCAGCCCCGCGCACGGGGCGAUCCGUGAUAAUAUGCUAACAGAGAUUUGUCGCGUUAAUGCUGUUAUGACGUUAACGUCAUUUUAAUGAGAUUAACGCUGACAAGACUAGAAAUAAGUGACCUGCUUUUUUUUAAAAAUUUAAGUUGUGUUGUGCUCAUAUCUUCAGAUCACAGAUGUUUUAAGCUUGCGACUGUUUGCAUUUGCGUUCCUGCACUGAAUUGGUCACUCUAGAUUUCAGCAUUCAGGCAUUUAUGAAUCCAUUCAUCAUGCCUUAAUACUUUUCAUUAAGCUAUCUGACUCUGAGAACAGCAUCCCCACCACCUUUGUUCCUGAGGGUAAGUUGGUAUCGGUGCUUUGAUGCAGCUGAUCUUGACUUUGUAGCCUUAAUAAAGUAAUAAUAGGUUCAAUUUGAUGUCCUUUCUAGUCCCACAUCAUUCAUAUUUAACACACUUUUAUCUGCAUCAAUUCUGUCUGGCGAAUACGGACUUUUUAUACUCUAAACAUGGCAAUGCUGCUUCUGUGAUUACGAUCUGAACUACAAACUGUUUUCUUGCAAAUAAUCAUAAUCUGGAAACAAAAAGGAAAAAAGGGAAAUCCCAGAAGAGCCAAACCUGGUUUUUCCCUCCAAAAAUGCUUUCUGGUACAUUUUGCUACUGAAAAAAACAAACAAACAAAAAACCCCCAAACAAACUUUAAAUGGUUGAUAAAACAUUUUCAGGCUCGAUCUUAAAUGGAAAAAAGUUUUUCAAACAAACUAAAAUUCACUCACAAGUUGUGGUCAUUUAAGUUUCUAAGAAAGCUCAAAUAAACUUGUUCCAGGAGAAAAAAACCUGCAAUUAUAUGUAGGUUAAUUUUAUUUUAAAUCCAAACACACUUCACACUUUUACCUUUUUUCAAAGUCAAAACCAGUGACACAGAAAAUCACUUCCCAAUAUUUGCAGUGAUCAAAAGCUAAAAACAGCUCUGCACAAAGCCUCAUAUCAGAGUUUGAAAGCCUUACUUUACACGUCUGGAUGUUUUUUAUUGACGCUGUUUGCAAAAAUAUCGGUUUCAUCACAUCAGACAGAUUCUUUGUUCAGCAUUUUGUCUUUUACUACAGCAUGUUAAAUAAAAAGUAAAGUCUCAUAUCAUCGUUGUUUUAAUCACGUGGGUUUGUGGAAUUUACGGCGCACAAAAGUUUACAAAAACUGAGCAAAACAUUUGAGAGCAGACAAACAGAAACAUCAGAGAGGACGAGUUCAUGAUGCUAGCAAACUAGCUCAGAUGGGAAUGACUGCUUGUCCCAAAUGUGCCUCACAUCUGCAGUGUUCUUUGGCUAUCUGGAUAGUUAGCAGACUGUAUCCACAGACUUUACUGGUGCAGCUUUGUAGACACAGAUCCUGCUAAUUAGUUAACAACAGAUGAGUAAAGCCCUAAAAUUCCACUCACCAAACUGGAGCUCGGGUAUGUUAGAUGAUCUGUUAGUACAUUUAACUGCACAGCAGUCAUAUUAGUGGUUAAAGAAAUACUCCAACAGCACAAACAUGGUCCAGAGGUCCAUUUCAGGGACUCCAAUCAGCUGUGGUGAACUAGCCGAGGUGAAUCACAGCUGUCAGUCAAAGACACCAAAGGCCUUAAACUGUUGCAUUAAAGAUAAGUCACAUCCAGCACAGUUAUCAUGAGGAUGCAAAACAGCUGCAGGGAUAGAGUGGAUAUCAGAGGAACUGCAGUUCUGGCUUCAGGUGUAAUCUUGGCUCACAGUCUGCAGUAAACUGUCUCGUGUGUGUUUCCCUUACAAUGUUUGCCAGUUUUUUUUGUUCUGGUUUGGUGACUUUUUGUAAUCUAAUGCAUGUGAUUCAGCACGUCUGCACAAUGAAACACUGAGUGUUACGAUCCUGAGUGUGUGAUGAUCCUAACCUCACAGAGGCACAGAGUUUAUCGAAGGUUCAGGGUUUGUUUAUGUUACCAGGAUGGAGUAAAAAAUGCAUCAACUUUUGUUUGUUUUUUUAAAAAGAAGCUGCUUUGCAGACUCAUAGAGCAUUAACAUGUCUCUGUGAACUAGUUUGUCCUCUGAAGGCCAGAGACAGGCUUUUGUUUUAUUAUGAAAGGAAUAAAAAGGCAAAUUUAUGAGACUAAAUAUUUAAGACUAAAGAUUAAAAAAAAAUAACUGUAAUUUUAUAUGCAUGAAACCAAGAAAAAUGUUACUCUGCUUAUUUCUUUGCAGUGUUUGAAAAAUCCACAGUGUCAGCACAACUGUUAAAUUUAUCAGCCUCAUGUUUUGGGUUUGUGAGCUGUUAUGUUCACACGGGACACUCUGUUAAUGCGGUGAAAGUUCUUAUUAAAACUGUUUUGUUCACAGAGGUUUGUUGGGACUUUUCUGAUAUGAUGUGUGUGUGGUAUUGUGGGUCUGUGGGGUUUGUUCUCUGUGUGUGUGUGGGUAUGAAGGUGGCCCAGAGGUGUGAAGGUGAGUGAAUGGUUGUCUGUCUCUCUUUGGCCCUGGCUGGCGAGGUUUCCAGGGUGUAACCCACCUCUCGCUGUAUGGUUGCUGGGACAGGGAUAGACUACGGCCCCCGCUGGACCCUGAU